GUAAUAUGAGCACCUCGGAGCAGUGUGGCAAGGAUAAAGAUGGUUGCUGUCCAUGUAAUAUGAGCACCUCGGAGCAGUGUGCCAAGGAUAAAGAUGGUCGCUGUCCAUGUAAUUUGAGCACCUCUGAGCACUGUGGCAAGGAUAAAGAUGGUUGCAGUCCCUGUAAUAUGAGCAUCUCUGAGCAGUGUGGCAAGGAUAAAGAUGGUUGCAGUCCCUGUAAUAUGAGCACCUCGGAGCAGUGUGGCAAGGAUAAAGAUGGUUGCUGUCCAUGUAAUAUGAGCACCUCGGAGCAGUGUGGCAAGGAUAAAGCCAAAGGCUCCAAAUAUGACAAAAUAUGUUGCAGUGCUGAGGAGUGGAGCUGUCCAAGCGACUCUAGCACCAGCGAUAAAUGUGGCACAAGAAAAAAGUGCGCCUCUUGUUAUUGUACAUGCUGUUGUAAAGGAGGUAAACCCGUCCACGAUGAAAGCAACAAGACCAAAGGCUGUGCCUCACGAGACCAGACAAAUGUCUGUGCUUCACGGGACAAGACCAAUGUCUGGGCCUCAAGCUGUUGCAGUGAUAAAGUAUGUGACAAAGUCUGUGACAAAGUCUGUGACAAAGUCUGUGAUAAAGUCUGUGAUAAAGUCUGUGAUAAAGUCUGUGAUAAAGUCUGUGAAAAAGUCUGUGAUAAAGUCUGUGAUAAAGUAUGUGAUAAAGUCUGUGAUAAAGUCUGUGAUAAAGCCUGUGAUAAAGUCUGUGAUAAAGUCUGUGAUAAAGUCUGUGGCAGUCCCACGGAAGAACGAUGCUGUGGAAAUGGUUUGAGAACUCCAGACUGUGGUGAGGUCAAAGAUGCCUUAGGAAAAGAAUACAAAAAAAUCUGCGAGGCUAAUGAACGCAUUGAAAGCUACAUCAAGAAAACACCAUGUGAGGUAAGACACUUAAAAGACCUUAAAUAUUUAGGAACACUAGGCUGUCACCAAAUUAUUUUGCAUGGCUGAACUGAAACUCUAUUACUUGCAAUACGGAUAAUGAGAAGAUUUCAGCCAGCGCUGUUAGAUGUGUUUUGAAUAUUACAAUUUUUAUAUAAUUUACUUUUUUGAAAGCGUAAUCUUUGCCUAAGAAAUUAAUGUCUCAUAUUCUUCAGCUCUCGGAAAUCUUUACAGACUGUCUUGGACUAAAGCUUCAUUUUAAAAAGGAAUUCCUUCAGCGGACUGGCAGGUAUGAAACACGUACAAUUUAUUCAUCAAUACAUAUUGCCGAUAAUUUAUUUUAUAUUCUUAUUUUCUCUAUAGAGAGACAAGCUUUCUUUUUUUUUUCUGAUAUCUUUUCAUUUCUCAAUGACAUUUUCGAAAGAUUUAAAAAAAUAUGAAACCAAAAAAAACAACAACAAAAAAAACAACAACAAAGCAACUAUAUACUUAUAACAUGGGUUUUUGAGCUUGCUUAACUGUAUGAAGAAUAGGAUCAAAAAUCUUCAUAAAAAUGUCUGCCGUGUGUUAUGAGAUCAACUGUAUUUAUAUAUUUUAGCACUUGAUCGAUACAAAAUCAAUAAACGUAAAUUUAGUUAUCAAGGUGUUCAUUGUCAUUUACGAGAACAUAAGGCGGACAAUGAUCAGAGAAUGAACCUCAAUGAGUUGGAUUAGUUGGAACUUCCAUGAGUAGCACGUGAGUCUGAGGUUAAAUACGUAGCACAUUAGACAGAAGUUAAGUGUGCUAUACAUGAGGCAAAAUUUCAAUGUGUAGCACAUGAGACAGAAGUUCAAUGUGUAGCACAUGAGUCUCAGGUUCAAAGUGUCGCACAUUAAACAGAAGUUCAAUGUUUUGCACAUGAUACAGAAGUUCAAUGUGUAGCACAUGAUUCUGGGGUUUAAAGUGUGGCACAUCAGAUAGAAUUUCAAUGUGUUGCACAUGAGACAGACGUUCAAUGUGUUGCACAUGAGUCUCAGGUUCAAAGUGUAGCACAUCAGAUAGAAUUUCAAUGUGUAGCACAUGAGUAUGAGGUUCAAAGUGUGGCACAUCAGAUAGAAUUUCAAUGUGUUGCACAUGAGACAGAAGUUCGAUGUGUUUCACAUAAAACAGAGUAUUACAUUUAAAUCAUAAAACAAUAUUGUCGAAUUCAGAUACUGUGUAAUUUUAGCAUGUUUAGGAAAUUAUUGUUAAACUUUCAGUUUUAAAGACCGAGGAGCAUUCAACGCACUACUCCAGCUGUCAAAGGUAACAAUGACAUUUAACCUCUAUGUAUUGUCUCUAUAUAACUCUGUAACCCUACACAUUCAAACUCAACAAGAUUUCGUAAACCAAUAUUCACACACAAUAAAAUGCUUCAAGUCAUUAACAAUAAAUUAAGUGUAAUCAAUGGAGGGGUCCAAUCUGAUCUAAACAAUAUGAAAUACAACAUACGGCGUAGGGGUAAACAUCAGGAAACCGUGGACGUUUUGACUAUGAAGCCUUCAGCAGUUAUUAUACCAUAGAAAAUAUUUGUUCGUUAAAUAUAGCUUUUACAUGCUACAAUGAACGAUAACAUUGAAGUGUGUAUUGAUUGGUCAGGACCAGCGUGAGAGAGGUGUUAUAGCCGCAAGUGCAGGCAACCACGCGCUGGCUUUGGCCUACGCCGGUUCAAAGCUUAACAUCCCCGUGAUCGUCGUCCUGCCUACCAACGUCGCUCUUACGAAAAUCAAGAAAUGUAGAGACCUCAAAGCUUGUGUUGAACUUUACGGACAGGACUUCGGUGAAGUGAGUAUUUACCUUCGACGGAAUUACACGGUAAAUAAAAAAUAGUAUUUCUAUCUACUGAUGUUACAAAUACAUGAUUGCUGGAAAGGGGCAUAUGUCACAAAUUCUAUAUUCUUGAUUUGUAAAAAAAAAAAACAGUUCUCUGCCCAUUCCUUUUUUAUGCCCAAAGACAUUGUAUUUCUUUCCUAUCGUUCUUACCCCUUACUGUCUUACCUACUGAUGGUUUACUACAUUCCUCCCUCUGUCCUCUUAGAUACAUCAUAUUAGCUAUGUUUAUAUUUUACAUUUGAUUUUCUCUUUGUUUUUAGUGCUCCCCGAAGAAGGCAUGUUGUCCACACGUCCUUUUUUUUUUCUGGUUUUCACAUUUCUUUUUUGUCCACAAAUUUCCUGAUACGAAUAUAGCAAAAGAUGAAUUCAGUGUUGUUGUUUUUUUGUUUUUUACACUGCUAUUCCAGUUGAAAAAAAAGUAGUUUCCACUUUAAUUUCAGGCUGAACGCUAUGCCAUGCAACUUGGAAAGGAAAGAGGAUUGCUCUACAUGAACGGGUAAACUACUCUAGAUAGAUGUGUAUAUAAAUGAACACUUUGAACACACAAGAUCCUGAGUAAUACGUCCGAUACUUCACCAAUGGAUGCCUUACGAUCGUUUGAGUCAAAUACUAACCUACUUGAAUUAUAAGCCCCAUGAAAUGUAUUUGUACAUCGGCUAUUGACAAAGCUAAAUCAACCGGAACCGUCAAACAUAGUUUUCCGAAGGGGUUCUUAAACAACAUGACAACUCAAGUGCACACUAAAGUUUAUUAAGGAGCCAAUAAUCACCAAACUGUGACUAACUGGUGCAUUCAGUUGUUGUGCAUGUCACUAAACUUAGUUGUAAGACAAUGCCGACAGCUGGUAGAUCUCUUAGUUGUAAGACAAUGCCGACAGCUGGUAGAUCUCUUAGUUGUAAGACAAUGCCGACAGCUGGUAGAUCUCUUAGUUGUAAGACAAUGCCGACAGCUGGUAGAUCUCUUAGUUGUAAGACAAUGCCGACAGCUGGUAGAUCUCUUAGUUGUAAGACAAUGCCGACAGCUGGUAGAUCUCUUAGUUGUAAGACAAUGCCGACAGCUGGUAGAUCUCUGUCAUUUUCUAUUUUAAACUGGGAGACUAACACCUAUAUUCUUUUCUGCACAUGGAAUGACAUCCCAGCAACCAUUCUACUACACAUUCAGACCUUAACAAAUAUAAAUUCGCACACAAUAUUUGCAAUAAUUAUGACUCAUCAUUGUCUGUCGUGUUAGCACAUAUUCAUUCUUGCACAACUUUUGCUUGAAUCACGCACCAUCUCUUCCCCUGUAGGUACGAUCACCUCGAUAUUAUUGCUGGUCAGGGAACGAUGGGGUGUGAGAUUUUUGAACAACUCCCCCACAUCGACGCCGUCAUUGUUUCCGUUGGGGGUGGUGGAUUGAUAGCAGGAGUCACAGCUUCUCUGAAGUACCUGAAACCUGAAAUUGAAAUUUACGUAAGCAACAAAGACUUUUUAUUUUGCUCGCCGUUUGAUGUUUACGAUAUGUAAAAAAAUGUGCGCCUUUUCUUACAACUCGGGAAUAGUUCUGUAAAUAUCUGUCAAGAUUUUAUCAUUUGCUACCGGUAUUAAAUGAAAUUUUUUUUAAUGUGUUUUAGUCCCUUUUAUAACUUAUUAGAAAUUUCAGUCCCUUUUAUAACUUAUUAGAAAUUUCAGUCCCUUUUAUAACUUAUUAGAAAUAACCUGUCGAACGACUGCGGUAGCAAGGCGUUACCUUACAAACUUCUAAAGCCACUUGACAAGUAGCACUUUAUAAGAAUCCUGACUAAGGAUAACUUAUAUUUUAUUUUGCGUGCCUAUUAGAAACAUUGCGACAGCCAUACAUACAGAAAUAGUGAAUAAGUAUUUGUGAUUAAAUUUAAAUUUAAGAGUCGAGAUAUUUUUACCCGUUCCAUUAAAGAAUGUACCGGUACUGUACCAUGUUUCAUUAAAGAAUGUACCGGUACUGUGCCAUGUCCCAUGAAAGAAUGUACUGUACCAUGUCCAAUAAUUCGUUGUUGUAUGUUCAGGGUGUUGAGUUGGAAACAUCAACUGCAUUCAAAGCAGCCAUAGAAGCAGGAAGACCUGUCAAGACAGAAGUCACCAAGUCACUUUUUGACGGUACAUACGUCUGUUCUAGCUGACUCGUGUGAUAACCUCUAUUGACACAGGGCGUCAUGGCACGAGAUACAUUUGUUGCCUUUGAAUUUACGCGUUUUAGUUUAGAUACAUUUGUUGCCUUUGAAUUUACGCGUUUUAGUUUAAGAUUGAUGACAAAAAAUAUUUGAUAAAAAAUCAAAAACGUUUUACAUGCUUUAUAAUUGUGUGUGUUUUUUUCUUCAAAUCAUUCUUGAGAAAUUUAAAAUGUGUUUUAGGGUUAUCUGUUCCUCAAGUUGGAGCUAACGCCUUUGCCAUAGCUGGGCCCCAUAUCACAGAACUUGUUACUGUUACGUGAGUAGGAAUUUUAUUUCUGGUUUCAACUAAAACUACGUCACAUACUUCUCUUGUAUUAAAUAACAUAUUUCCAGAAACCUUUAAAAAGAUAACAAUGCUUGGUUUUCGCUGAGUUUUCUACAUCUAGGGAAUCAUUAGGAAAUCGUAUGUCUUAAUCAGUCGUAUCAAUGGUAGAUCGUUUACAGGAAGUUUAACAUUUAGUUAACGUUGGUUCAUUAUUUGUAUAGCAUCCGUAAUAUUUCUAAGACAUCCUAGAGGAACUAACAUUGAAAUGUUAACAAAAUAUUUUCUGAGACCUGAAAGCUCUUUAUUUCUUUCGGAAAUGUUUCAAACCCGACUAUGAUUAUUUUGUAUUCGGACGCCUCGUAGAGUUGUCUCCUAGCAGGUAUUUAAAGCCUCCUACAUCUCGUAGCUGGUAUUGGAGCCAAAUCCGUCUCUGAGCAGGUAUUGGGGGCAACUACAACUCAAAUGAAAGCCUCAACGGAAUGAUGUCCAUUAUCAGAUAUAACUCUAGAUAUUAAUUUGACAUGUUUCAUUGCAACAAGAUUUAUGAAAAGAAAAGGUAGAAAAUCCUAUUUUCAAUAAUUUAAUGGUGAUCCCCAAAUGUAAUUGUCAUGUUUUUCCUAACCAGGGAAGAUUCCGUCGUGACUACUAUGAUGCAGCUCUUGGAGAAAGAAAAGAUCGUUGUAGAGGGAGCUGGCGCUGCGGGUUUAGCAGCCAUUAUUGAGGGGAAACUUCCCCAGUUAAAGGGGAAAACGUAAGUAAAAGUCAUCUAUAGACGUCCCCGAUAAAAAUCAAGCAAGACGAUUUAAAACAUAGAUGUUUUGUGAACGCGAAAUGCUUUAUUUUAAGAGACAGCAAAAUAAAUUAAAUUGAAGGGAGUUGUUUAAUAAUGUCAUGGGGGCAGAAUGACGUAUUCUCUGGAAAUGUAAAUGAUUUAUUCAUAGACAACAAUCGUUAAAAGAAUUAAACAUUUUUUGGCUGAAAAUGGGGGGGGGGGGGGGCUUUUUCACUUCUCAACGUUUUUUUAGGUUUUUUUUUUUCUCUCUUCCACAUCACAGCUUUGGGCCUCUUAAAUUUCCGAGGCCCCUUGCACCAGAAGCGGUUGCAAAAACCACGUGAUGGCUCUGUUAAUAAAAAUAAUGAAUGUUUGCCUUUCUAUAAACUAUUAGAUGCUUAGACAAUCUUUUCUACAUCCAACAGUUAGUUUAUCGUAAAGUUGUAAAGAUUUGGAUCAUUAUAAUUCUAGAAUUAAAUUCUCUAGUGUAAAGUUUGAUGCUCGUUUUCCCCCCUAAAAAAUGUUUGAAUACGACGGCUGUGGUAAAUGUUUCUUUUUUUAUUUCACACACUUAGCGUUGUUGUCGUCCUGUGCGGGGCCAACAUCGAUCUGUCCGUCCUGAAACACGUCAUUGAAAAAGGAUUAAAGCCACACUCCAAGAUGAUGAGAUUUGAAGUGGAGUUGCCAGAUACUCCUGGGGCGUUGACAAGGCUUACUGCCCUUGUAGGUGGUCAGGGAGCAAGGUAAGACUUUGGGCCUGAGGCUGAGAUCAGAUAUGAUAAACAGUGAAGAAAUGAUAUGAUGAAAUAAUGAGAUGAGAUGGUUAGAUGAUGAAGUGAGGUGAUGAGAUUAUAAGAUGAGAUAAGAUGAUGAGAGGAUGAGAUGAGAUGAUGAGAUUAAUUUAUGACAUUAUAUGAUGAAACUAGUUGAUGAGAUGAUGAGAUAAGAUGAUGAGAUAAGAUGAUGAGAUGUGAUUAUGAGAUGAGAUAAUGAGAUAAGAUGAUGAGAUGAGAUGAUAAGAUGAGAUGAUGAGAUGAGAUGAUGAGAUGAUGAGAUGAGAUUAUGCGAUGAUGAGAUAAGAUAAUGAGAUAAGAUGAUGAGAUGAGAUGAUGCGAUGAGAUGAUGAGAUGAGAUGAUGAGAUGAGAUGAUGAGAUGAGAAGCUGAGAUGAGAUGAUGAGUUGAGAAGAUGAGAUGAGAUGAUGAAAUGGGAUUAGAUGAUGAGAUGAGAUGAAGAGAUAUGAUGAUGAAGAAAUGUUAUAAGAUGAUGAGGUGAGAUUAUUAGAUGAGAUGAUGACAUUAUAUGUUGAUAUAAGAUGAUUAAAUGAGAUGAAGAGAUGAGAUAAGAUGAUAAGAUGUGAUGAUGAAAUUAGAUAAUAGCAUAGAUGAUGAGAUGUGAUGAUGAGAUAAGAUGAUGAGAUAAGAUGAUGAGAUAAGAUGAUGAGAUGAUGAGAUUAUAAGAUUUUAGGAUGAGAUGAGUUAUGAGAUGAGAUGAGUUGAUGAGAUGAUGAGAUGAUGACAUUAGAUGAUGACAUCAGAUGAUGGCAUUAGAUGAUGAGAUAAGAUGAUGAGAUGAGAUGAUGAUAUGAGAUGAUGAUAUGAGAUGAUGAUAUGAGAUGAUGAUAUGAGAUGAUGAUAUGAGAUGAUGAGAUGAGAUGAUGAGAUGAGAUGAUGAGAUGAAAUGAAAGGAAAUGAUGAGAUGAAAAAAGACGUGAUAAAAUUAUAGUUUAUCCGUAAAAUUUUUCAGCAAAUAUUUCGAAAUUGUCUGUACUGUUAUUUGAGGUAGUUCAGCUCAAGUGGGUAUAACGGUGGGUCUGUGCUGAUUGGAUGUGAUGAAGACUUUGAUUAAAGUUCAUCGAUACAUAUUUUUUUUUCUCCAAAACUAUGUUAAUGCUUCAAAUGUUGUUACCCGGUAUUUUAGAUUGAUAGCAUCAAGCACUGGAAGGGGCUUGGAAAACAAUGACGUAUUCUCUGGAAAGGUAAAUGAAUUAUUCAUAGGUAAAAACCAUAAACGCAUUAAACUUGGCAUGGCUAAAAAUGGGGGGGGGGGUGGGGGGGGGGAGGGGUGGAAGCCAUUAUAUUUCUAAUGUUCAUUUUCUCUGCUCAUUUUUUCACAUAUCAUACCAUCACAUCUUUCUCUCUCUCCCUCUCUCUAUAUAUGUAUGUCUCUCUCCAUUGCUUUCUCCCUUCUCCUUCGCUCCUCCUCCCUCUCCCCUCCCCCCUCUCUCUCUCUCUCUCUUCUAUUUAUUGAGCCUGAUUUGUGUAUAUGUUUCACGUCAUUCGUAUCGCAUCAACAGGUCACGUGUGUUGUAGAGACCAGGGACUCAGAGCACGCUAAGAAGUUUGAGGGGGUCAUCCGAGAUCAGUACCCCACGUGUCAUUUUUGCCAUGAGUAACAAUAUUGUGAAGAUGAUGUUGAAAAAAAAAGAAUUCCUAAAUGAUAUGUUCAUUUAAAGUUGUGUAAAUUAUUUUACGAGAUAGAUUCUAAUUAUAUAUUAAAAAAUAUUUGUUAAAUUUGUUUAAUUUAGGCUAAAAGGAACAGUUUAGAAGUAAUGUUAUUUUUAUUUGAUUUUUAUUUAUUGUAGAUGUGGCCUAAUUUUAUAUAAUAUCAGUGGCGUGAAACAUUAUAUAAUUAUAAUUUAAUUUGUAUGGCUAUUUUAUAUUGUGCAUAUUUACAUUUUCAAAAAAAGCAUGUUAUUUUUUCAAAAAAUUAUAUGAUAACAUUAAUAUUUUUCUUUUUAUGAAAUUUCUCCAAUUAUAAUUUUUAAACUAUGAAUAUAUAAUUUAUUUGUAAUUGUAUGAAUACAUAGUUAACAGUCAAUAAUCACAGUAGACAUAAAUUAUAAUAUUCAAAUAAAUUAUAGUUUGAAAUUUAUGUUCAAUAGAGCAGCUGUAGGAAAAAGAACCAGAUAAAAAAUGUUUAUUUUCACGAGGAAUUAUGUUACUAUUCUUUUUGGACGAUGUAUUUUGACCAAUUGACCUGGAGCUAUCUUUAUGUAAAGCGAAAUCUAUUGACCUGCUAAAAUGUUCAUUUUAUUUGUACAAGGACCUCUUUAGACGUGAAAUUUAAAAAAAAAAAAAUAUUUAUUAUCUUUUAUUGAAAGCACUGGUAAACCAAAAAUAAUAACCAACUUUUUGUAAAAGAAACAAUUUUGCCUAAAGCAAUAAUCUUUAUACAACACAGCAGUUGUUAAUUGCGGGAAACCGUUAAGCUAAUUUGAGCUGAAAUUAUUUAGUUUUUGAGCGUAUUUUCGAUACAUUUUUUGCAAUUUUCAGUUUAGGAUUUAAUUAUUUUAACACACGUUUUGAUAAAGAACAUUCUUGUUUUCUUGAAUACAUGAAAUAUUAUCAUGAAAUUUAGAAUGUUUAUUCUUUGUUAUGGAAUCUUUAAGCGUAUUUUCAAAGCUAUGUAUGCUAACUUUAAGUUUUAGUACACGCUGGAAGAAAUAUGCACAUAUAACAAUUGUAAAAAAUAAAAUCCAUAUCGAUGAAUGGAUUGUUCCUCCGACGAAAUCGAAAAGAACUUUGCAAACAUCGAAACGGUCUCCAGAUCCCUGUAAAGCUAUGACAUGGGGAGUGGACCGUUCACAAUGGGUGACACUCUCCUCUCCAUAUAAAAGGGGCUGGCAUUUUUAGGCUAAGUGGAUUUUUUUUUUUGUUUGUUGCUUGGGAGGGCGCGGCAAAAAUCUUGCUCCAUUCUGAAGGCACCAACCCUAGCUACGCCACUGCUGUAAAGUUGUAUUUCUUUAAAAUGUGAACACUAUGUAGGGGUCUAUUAACAAAAAAUAUGUUUUUACAUCCUUAAAUUAAAAAUUGUACCAAGCUAACGUUUAAAAAGAAUAAUACCACAUACUGAUUAGAGAGGGAUGUGCCUUCAUUUAAAUUGUACUUCACAUUUAUCAGGACCUUUAUUUCCUGGCAUCACUGUGUUAAUUUGAGGACGAUGUGAAUAAUAAGGCCUGGGACAAAAAUGCGUAGUUAACCAUCAACGGAUUGGAGACUACGACUGACUUCGGUAUUUCAAAUUGUGUUUCCAUGUUUCCUUGACAAAUAUACUUGGCUUAUUUAAAUUAAUUUUUACACUUAUAUCCACCAUUUCUUAACUUUUUAAAUUUUUUUUUUCUGUGAUUGUUAGGAUUUUGAAAUAUAUCUUUACCAUAUAAUCCUCGUGAAAUAAUCUAUUCCCUAAUUAAACAAAAAAUUAUAAUAAACGAUUUUAACUUUAAUAGACGUGACGAAAUAUAAAUUACCAUGCUGUCGACGUCAUGCACACACGUGCUAUUGGCGCCAUAUUGGUUUAAUAGAUCAUAAUAAUAAUAAAAAUAAAGUUUACUAGUUAUAGCCCGCCAAACAUUGGUGGUAGCAAUGCGUGAACUUCCCAUCUACUAAAGUUACUUGAGACGAUUUCAUUUUACGAAAAGAAAAUAUUACGCACCAAACGCAAUUGCGUUAUUUAAAAAAAAUAUAUAUCAUAUAUAGCGCAGUUAUCGGGAAUUAUAUUUUGCGCGCCAGUGAGCUCAUUAUUGCACCACACUCUGGCAUAUCUAUAAAUAGCCUGCGUGGUGCUUGAACCGUGUUGGUGUUUGACCUUUGCUGGCCAAUUAUAGAUAGAGAUUUGAAAAUCAAGCUUCAUCCCCAAAGGCUCGAAGCGCGCUACAAAGUCAACAAUAUUAAAAGAGAAAUGAAAAAAAAAUUGUAUUAUAUUACAUUGAAAUACAAAAUACAAAGAUAGGAGUAGAGUUAUAUAUGAAAAGAUGCUUCCUCAACAUCAUAAAUUGUAAUUGAUUUUUUAAAGAAAUAAAAUAUGUAUAAUUUAUAUAAGAUAAAUAAUUUGGUUUUGUAAAAGUAUAAUUUGAACUUAAAAAAUAAUAUUUGAAGUGUUUAGAGCGUGCACAAUUUUAAAAUUACAAAUCAAUUUUGUUAUCUUCAUUAACACUAGCUUGUCUUUAAAUGUCAAUAAAAUAUGUAUGCUAAA